UACAGUAUUCUAAUUUUUAUUUGCUCUUUUCAAUGCCAUCACUAAUUUUUUCUAAAUUAAUUUCACCAGGGUCUCUCAGGACUCAUUUUCAUCAGGUAAAUUUACUGUUCCCUUGGAUAUGGUCCUUUUUUUCUCUAUCUCUAAUCCUUUCCAUGCUUUCUUAAAUUUUAUGAUCUUAUACCAUCUUUCCCCCAUGCCCCUGAGCAAAGCCUUAAUUAAAUGAUUUAAAAUUUAUGGCAUGGUCUCCACAAAUCUCUUGUUUCAUCUUGGAAAGUCAUGAGAAAGCUUUCAGGCUUUUUCAGUGCUCUGGAAUCUGAUUUGUAAAUCCAUUUCAUUUUCCCAACUGAAAUACACAUCCUUGCUAUUUGCAUUUAUGCCAUCUUGAUAAGUAUUCUAAUGUAUGGACAUAGAACUGUUGAAAGAUCAGGGAUAGUUCUCCUAUGGUAUCACAGGUGCAGUCUUUUAAUUUCAUUUUCUGCUUCAACAGUUUGCUCAAGCAGAAAUUAGUCAGGGUUGAACUGUAUUUUCCAGUGUUGACAAAUAAAUUCUUGACUGACUUAAUAAAGCAGAAGUGCUCUGACUUACAGAUCCGCCACACUGGAGGGGAAAAAAAUAUCCUUAAAUAUUCUUUCUACUUGUAUAAGAAAAAGAUCAGCAUGUUUAGGGUUUUUAAAAAUUUCUCUUCUUAAUUGCUUUUUAAGGUGUCUUUCCCAGACUUUAGAUAGUGCCCAGAUUUGGCUGUGCAGGGUGAGAAAGCUGCUGACAGGAGUGUGUGGGAAGAGGCUGAAUUAUAGUUCUCAAUUUGUAUCAGGGCUGCUCUGUGCUCUGUUUGUUGGCAUCCCGGUGAACCUUCUGCUUUCGUGGUGUCACUGAACUCUGCAGCUGCCUUUGCUUAAGAUCCCUCUUUUCCUAACAGCUAAACUUUGUUUAGUAGGAGGUUGAGUUUUGACUUCUGCCUUUUGCCUUGCUCCUUUUUUUUUUUUUCUCUCAUUGGUUUGUUUUGCUUUCUCACUUAGUGUCUGUCCUUUUUUCUUCUCCCUUUUGCUUUCCCUGAAGCAACUCCUUGAGUUCCUUGUGACCUUAUCUCUUUUAUACAGAUUAGAAUAACCAGGCAAUGAAUUUUGACAACAAAGUCAAGCAGCCCUGUGGUUCAGAGUUUUUAUUCCAUCAAGUCUGAUUAUCAGAUUACAAACUGCAUUUCCAGUCCUUAUUUCAGGCACCCUUGGAAAGACCUUGCCCACUCUACUGGCUACAUUAGGCUUGCAUGUGUAUAUUUUGUUUCUGAGUUGACUUUAUAUAUUGACAUUUUAUGUCUCAGGCUGCUCAUUGACAUGUUUCCAUUUUAGUAUUUUUUUUCUUUGAUGUUACAGACUUGUAAUUAUUAGGAAGUGAGGCUUCUCGGUAACGGGCCAGCUGCACUGGGAGAGUUGGGUUUUUUUGCUUUAAAUAACAAGUAUAGAUGUCGGUCUUUAUUGUACAGAUGACAGCUAAACUAUGGCUUAUAAAAAGGUCCAGUGACUUCUGGUAGUCUGUAAAAUACACUCAGUGCAGUGCCUUUUGUGUGUGUGUGACAGCAGAAAUGUAAUGUUCUUCUGCUUCUUGCCUCUAACACAUGGUUUCCAUAGAUACAUCUGCUAAACACCCAAUUUAGCUAUUAGUGAGUUCAGUUCAUAACUGGAGAAUCUUAAAGACAGUGCAACAGGUAGAAAAUACUUCAUGUCUCCAUGGGUAAAGUAUAAAAUAUAUCCUACUAAAGAUCAGUAUUGAGUAUCAUAUUAAAGUUUCGUCCUCAGGCAGAAUUGAAUUUUGGAAGAGCAGAUGUGUGGCAGAAACAACACCUGAAAACUUUCCAGCGGCUCGGUGGGGUUGUGGCCCUGCUCGGGCUGUAGAUGGCACCGUUGCUGCACAUGAAAAGCUGAGCUCUUCCUCCCGAGGGAAUUAUCCUACAGGCGUUUGGAAGCAUGUAUUUCAUGGUAGGACUUGGUAAGGGUUUGAUAGAGCUCUUCUUUCGCUAGGAUUAGAGAGAAACAUGGAGAGAGGGGUUGGUUGUUUUCUGUUUUUUUUCCCUUUGUGGAAUAGUGCUUGGAAAAGCAGUUGGAACUCAUGACUGAGUGAGGACCCAUGGUAUAAACAAGCCAGUCAAAAUUGGUUUUAUUGUAUCUCAAAUGUUUAAAGUUUCAUCUAGAAGUCAUCCUUUUGCUUUGGAAACUUGUUUUCCAAAACAAAUAAAUACCACUCUUAAGCCUCUCUCUUUUUUGAAGCUGAGCAUUUGAAAUACAAAUUAGUGAAUGGAUCUAUGAAAAAAAUCAUAGAGAUCAAGGCUCUCUGAAAUCCUUCAGAGACAAAUAGUUUCCAGAUUCUUCCCCCGAGUGUACUAAAAUGCCUUGUAGGCAUCCCCCUUCUCAAAUCUGGGGAUAUAGUGGAGGGAAGCCAAAGGGGAGAGAAUAAAGUGUUAUUUAUUAACAGUCAGGAGAAAUCUCAGUUCCUAAAUGGUGAACUUAAAAAUAUAAAGGGUCUCAGAAAGUGAUCUGUUUUUGUUGCAGAUAUUCACAUAUAUAUUUUUGUUAUUCACAGAUACUAGUUUAAACAUUUUAUGCAAGCUAAAAAAAAUACAACCUCUAAAUUCUCAAAGGGAGUGGAAGAACUUUGCUAUUAAAGUUUAAAAACAGCAAAAAAUACCCUUGUGCAGGCAAAUAAAUGUAGCAGCCUGUCAAGAUCAGCUGUAAAAUACAAGUCUUGCCAUAGUGAUUUAAGUUAAGGUUCCACAAAUACUAGGGCAAAUGAAGAUUAUUUAUUAUAUGAACUUGCUAAGAGUGUAAAUGGAGGAGAAGACUACUGGCUAUCCAAGGUAACACAAACCACGAGAAAAAGAGGAAAGUAUUUGCCAUAAUUUGCUCAUGGAAUGAUAAUAUUUUUCAGUGAGGUAUUGAUGGGUGUUCAUAAAGUCUGAAAUAGAAUAAACCCACUUUACUGAUGUGGGGGGAGGAGCAGAGAAGGACGUAGCCACAAAAGUGGUUUGUUUGUUUGCAAAGUAACCUGAACAGGCAAAGGAACUUUCUGAAUUUACAGUAAUCAGCUCUUUUGAAUGGAAAUAUUUGAUAAUCUUGUAAAAUAAAUAAAUAAAAAAGGCAAACACUGGCUUCCUUUUUUAUUUUUAUUUUAAGGAAAAUAUUAAUGUUAGUAUUCUUAGCAUGUGAUAUUUUCCUCUCUAAAGUAAACUUACAGAAUAGCCAUGUUAUUCCUUCCUGAUUUUUUUUUUUUUUUAAUAUAUUUUGGAGAUCCCAAAUGCUCCUGGAACUUUUUUCUUUGUUCACUCCUGUGCUGCAGCUGUGUGUCUGCCAGGCAAUAGGCAAAGUAAGUCCUUUCACCUGGUGUACUUGGGGCAUCUUGGAGCCAGGUGAGUGCUGGGUCAGCUGUGCUUCUGUUCACCUGUGAGUAAUUAUGGCAUCAUCUAAGGCUCCAGCUCCUACUGAUUUUUUAGAGAUGAUGAAAAAUUAGAUACUGGAUUGUAAUUUCUGCCUAAGAGCUGUGUCAGAGAUGGUUUUCAAAUGUUAAGCAACCCUUCUCUCAAGUGAGAUCUGUUUUUUGUUUUGUUUUUUUUUUUCCAAGAGAGGGAAAUACAGGGGGUUGGUAGAAGGGGAACUAUAAGGGGGUAUAUUCAUUUUAAAUCCAGCACAGUAGUUUUGGAUUCAUGCUGUGUUUGUGCAGUGUUCAUUAGAAAAGGCCUUAAGUGAUAACUGUAAUUGAGGAUCAAGCACACCAUUAUAUCUGAUAGAUUUUUCCAAGGAGUCUGUGUAGCUUUCAGGGUUAGGUGUGAAAUAUGGGCAUGAAACUGUGAAUGAUCAAAAUCAAAUGAGACAAACCAUCUUUCCUCGCAUUAGCGUGGAACUGAGGCAGAGCUGACGAUUGAUUUUGUUUCUUUUUCUGUAUUAGGGUCACUUUUUCGAGGUAGUUCAUUAAAAGCUGAUGCCUGAAAUGGUUUGCUUUUCCCAUUGAUCUGUGUAUACUCGGUUCAUUUACUGUUCAAAUCAUCGCCUUGCUGCUUACAGCUGAAAGACCCCUGCUGCACCAGGACUGCUCAGGCGUCAACUCUUUGUGAUCCCGUUCCAAAGCUGUCUAACACGUUUCCAAGGAAGGGGGAGCAAAGGAUAGGGAAGGGCGUUCGAGGAGUGUUUUGGCUGAUGCAUCUCUAGCGACACCUUGUGGGAUGUUUCACAGAAUCCCCUUCAACUUUUUUGGGGAAGGAAGAAAGCAAGAUGGAAGCACUGGGCCAGCUGAGCCUGAGAAAAGUAAAAAGGGGUCUCUAACACCUGAAUCCACUAAUCAGUCCAGAGGACCUCUUCUAUUCAAAGCCUUCCCACAAAACCCCGCUGUGAAAGAAAGCAGCUCUACAAAUGGCUCAGCCAAGAAAUUGCAAAAGGCAGGAAAGUGUCUGCAACUUGCAAGUUUUGGCAGUCCCUGAAUCUGGGUGAAAAUGCUUGUUUCCUGCAAAAAUACUGUGUCUCCAUGAGAUUCACUGUGAGGAGCUCAAAAUGAAGAAGAAAGAUGAAGAGCGUUGCAUGGAACUGUGCCCCCAUCAGUGUGUUGAGAUGGAAAGGUGUGAAAGUAAAGAGCUGGAUGUUGAAAUAAGAAACCUAAUAGGGAAGAGCAACACUUUUGAAUCGUGUGAGGACCCUAAAAUUCUUGCCCAAAAGAGGCUGUGCCCUCAGAGGACUGCAUGUUCCCUUAAGACCCACAGUGAAGGAAACGCUCCAGGCCAGCUUGGAUGCACCUGGGCAGGUGGGAGUGACAUGGAAGCUCCAGCAGAACCAUUGGAAUCAAGGCACACAUUACUGAGCAAAAAGAAGCCUUUAUCAUCCAAUUCUCUGGAGCAACAGAUCCUCACACUGGAAAGACAGAAACGAGAGCUUCUGGAGGUGAACAAGCAGUGGGAUCAUCAAUUUAGAAGUAUGAAACAGCUUUAUGAGAAGCAGCUGACAGAGAUGAAGGCAAAGCUGGAUGUGUCAGAGAGGAGAGUGAGCGAGCUGGAGCAAGAGAGACACCGGCAGCAUCCAGAGGAGGAGAGGUGGCGAGCGCUGGGCAGAGAGAGGCUGUUGCAGGAAAAGAAAGAUACAGAAGUCCUUAGUGAAGCUCUCCAUGAAAUGAAGGAAGAGAACAGACUCCUGAAGCAGAAGAACGCCUCAAUGACCAGAAAGAAAGAACAUUAUGAGAGCGAAAUAAGUCGUCUCAACAAGGCCCUUCUGGAGGCAUUGAAAAAGCAACACCCGCCUGCUGUUGGGACUCCUCCAGGGAAGGGUGACAGGAACAGCAUUGAGGAGAUGAGAACCCAACUUGAAGUUCUUAAACAGCAGGUCCAAAUAUACGAGGAAGACUUCAGAAAGGAGAGAUCUGACCGAGAGAGGCUUAAUGAGGAGAAAGAAGCACUGCAGAAAAUUAAUGAGAGAUUACAAUCUCAACUGAGUAAACUCAGCUCUCAGACAAAAGACCUCCCAGUACAGCCUGAGAGGCCCAGUUAUCCAGCUCCACUCUUCCUUUCUCCAUGUGUCCAUAAUGGGGGUUGUGGGAUGGUUCUUCACUACCCAGAUCCUCGGGUGCAUCCAGUGCCUCACAGGGCACAGAAGCAGCAGCAGCAGUGCUCGCCAGACUAUCAGUGGUAUGUUCCUGACCAGCUUCCGCCAGAUGUGCAGCACAAGGCAAAUGAUUCCUCCCUGGAGAAGAGAUCCCAUCGCUGACAGCCUCUGGCUUCUGGAGAAUUGUGAACCAAAGGCUGCGAGGGACUCUUGCAGCUUCAUUAUUCUGUUUUCUUCUGGGUUUUAUUUUGCCCCUAGCUCCUUAUCUCUUCAGUGCAUGUGAUUUAUGGCUGGUAAAAUCCCUGUGAGGACAAUAGAAAAGCAGCUCAUACAGGCUGGUGAUCCUCAGGAUCCAGUUAAACUCUGCUGGGAAGCGUUACUGCCCUUUGUUCUGAAGAUGCUGUUUGUGCUGCCUUGUGAGAAUCUCUUUAAAAGCCUGAUGAGAAGAGAUGCAGUUCUUGCUGGGGAUUCAGACUGUCACAUCUGGUUUGAAUUCAAGAGCUUACAAGCCCAAUAGUGGUGUGAUUGUUGUUGUUUGGGAAUUAGGAGGGGUUUUAUUUGAUUCCAGGGAAUGAUUGGUUGAUAGAGCACCUUGAAUUCUGUCCUGUCCUUGGCUGGUAAAAGGGAAAUCUGCUUCACUGUUUAAACCCCUUUAUGUAAUUGUAAUCAGGGUACCACCAAUGCCAGGCCAGGGAGAAGGUGCCCACUUCCCCUUUUUUGAGUCCAGGUCAGAUCUCCUUUUGUUUUGGCUCUAGAAUUUCAUGUAGAACAUAAUCACAGGGGGGUUUUUCUGUGUGUCCUUACUUGUGUUGCAAGAAUUUUAGUAGAAAUAUUGAAUGGGCUUAACUUCUCAGUGAAUAUGGCUUUAUAUUUCCAAAUUUUUCUUGUAAUGAAUCCGAACAUCGUCAUGUAACCUCUAACCAAGAAUAAAACCUGGCUUUUUAAGUGAAAUUGUA